UAUCUUUUUUACUCUUCUGUAUUUUCAAGCAUGCGUGCGAAGUGGCGCAAGAAGCGCAUGCGUCGCCUGAAGCGCAAGCGCAGGAAGAUGCGUGCUCGCUCCAAAUAAAUGAGCGGCUAACAAGCGUUCUGGAUUGAUGUCGCUGGGCGGGGCUUUGGGUUGGGCAUUUGCCUCUUUUGGUGAAUGUCUGGCUCGGGGUCUUUGCUUGGUGCUCGUCAGUCUCUGUGCAGCAAACUCUCACGUCUUUCUCAGGGUGCAUCGGCUCUUGUGGUGUGCCUUGGGGUGUCCAAGCAUUUUUGUGUUUGGAUGCAUUGUGUUUUCCGAUCCUUGGCUGAAUUCAAUGAAGGCCUGCUGUACACCCCCCUCUAAUACAACAAAAAUCCAAAAAAAGAA